UGACGGUUGGGCGGAGAAUUUUAAACGGGGGCGGGAUGUGAUUUAAAAUUUCGUACAGCAGUCGGUUAGUGCUGUCGGUUGCACUGAACACAGCCGAUCUGACGCGAUGGCCUCUCAGAACACGGAUCCCGCAGCAGCCUCGUCCACAGCAGCGCUGAAGGGCUGCGAGACGAGCGGAAGCGUGUCGAAAGGUUCUGUCACUAAAAGGCUUCAGCAAGAGUUGAUGACACUAAUGAUGUCAGGAGACAAGGGGAUUUCAGCGUUUCCAGAGUCUGACAAUCUCUUCAAAUGGAUUGGCACAAUAGAUGGUGCUCAAGGAACGGUAGGAACAACUGUUGUUUUCUUCCCCCUGAUGUCAUGGUAUGGGAUUCUUACAUACAACAUACCGUCUUGUUUGGAUCAGUGUACUCAUGAAUUCUUGUUUUUAGAACCCAACAAUGAUAGUCCAAUGAACUCUGCAGCUGCCGAACUGUGGGAUGACCAGGAAGCCUUCAAAACCCAUUUGCACGCAACCUACAAGAAUUGACCAUGAACAUAAGUGUCUGCCUUUUGUUUUAUCUGUUUUUUCUUGUUCAUAAUGUAAAUUUUUUUCUGUAAUUGGUCUGUGUGUAUAUUAUUUCUGUGUUGUAUGAAACCUU